AUGGCGACAAACGGCGAUGCUGGUCGAGCAUCGGGCAGCUUGGUCGAUGCAUCGGGCUAUAAAUUCACCGAGAAGGAUACCAAGCCGGGCAAGAUGAAGGUUAAGAAGACCGCCAAAGCGUCAACGAAGAAGAAAGCAGAUGAUUCCAAAGAUGGCCCUGUCGACUCCUCGCCUACCUCCUCUCCUCUCCCCAAACUGGACGACAAGGUCGCGGCCUCGUUUCCGACUGGUAAACCCCGUGAGGAAGACCUUCUUGAAACGGUCAUUUGCAAGCACUGCAAGCGACCCAUCCUCAAAUCCACCGCCACCGAACACAUCCGCGGCUGUCUCAAGGCCAAGCAAGAGAAAGCGCGCAAGAAGAAAGAAGCCCGCGACGCGGCCAACCGCGCAAAGAACGCCGACGGCAAGGACGAUGAUGACUUACGUGACAAGAUCGACGGCGACGACGCCAUGAAAGGCCAGAAGAGUGCCAAGAAGAGCGCUGUGAAGGGCACCGUGGACGACAGCACGAAGAAGGGCAAGAAGCGCAAGGCCGAUGAGGACGAUAACAAGGAGCCUAAGAAAAAGAAGAAGAAGGACGAGCCCAAGGCCAAGGCCGCAAAGCCCAAGGGUCCAGUUGAUGUCGAGAAACAGUGCGGUGUGACUCUUCCCAAUGGCGCACAGUGCGCGCGCUCGUUGACCUGCAAGAGCCAUUCCAUGGGCGCUAAGCGUGCUGUACCUGGUCGUUCACUACCAUACGAUAUGCUACUGCAGCAAUACCAGAAGAAGAACCAAGCAAAGCAGCAGAGAGCCGCAAUCGAUGCCAACGCCCCACUCCCCGAAGACGUCGAGACCAACGGCCCCGUCGACUCGGACGAAGAACGCGACACAGUCAUGGCAGCAAUCGCCCGCUCCGCACCAAGACCCCUCGCCGAAAACACUCUCAUCACCACAAAGUCUAAAUACCGUAUCGUCCGCAUCAAAGAACAAAUGCUACACGCCAUGGGCGGCCGAGGCGGUGCUGGACUAUUUUCCACGGACGAUAGCCAGCCUUUAUUUGGUGGUAAUCUUUUUCAACCUUUCGAUCCGGAUAUGAAUUCGUCCUCUUCGCCUGUGCUUCCUGCGGGUGAAGUUGGGGAUAACUCGGUCGGUGGUGAUGGAUCUAGGAAAACGCCUGUACAGGGGAGUCGGAAGACGCCCGUGGCGGCGGCUUCGUGA